AUGGAGAAAAUAGAGUAUAAUGAAUCAAAACAAUAUAAUAUUGAAAAUGAAAUAGACAAAAUGGAAGAAGUAAUAGAAGAUUUAAUUUAUUAUGUAAGAACAGAUGAUAUAGAAGAAGUAAAGAACAUUUUACAAAAUGAAAAUAUACAUACAAUUAACAUAAAGGAUGAAAAUAAUAAUACAUUAUUACAUUUUGCUUGCGCUAAUAAUAAUAUUGAUAUGAUUUUAUUUUUGUUAUACGAAUGCAGUAUUGAUUAUAAUCAUUUUAAUAGCAAUGGUAAUACCCCAUUGCUAUGGGCUAUACAAAAUAAACACUAUGAAGCUAUAAAAGAACUAUUAUUUUUUGAUUAUUAUUUAAAUAAAAAUGAAUACCUGUCUAUUGAAAAAAAAAAAAAUGAUUUAUAUGAAAAUAUGAGGGAUAUAAAGAAUGAUUUCUUAAAAAAAAAUUAUAAAUUAAAUUCAGAUAUUAAAAAAAAAAUACAUUCAAUUGAUAUAUAUAAUAUUUUUGAUACAACAGAAAAAGAGGAAGUAGAAAAAAUUAAUUUAUAUAAAGAAAGAAAUAAGAUAGAUUUACUAAAAAAAAAUUCUUUUGACAAAAAUGUUUUAUCUGAAGCAUUCAAUACGGAAAAUGAAAAAAUUCUUCAUUUAAUUUUAAGUCAUCCAAUUUCAAGUGUACUUGAUAAUCAGGAAAAUUCAACCUCAAAUGAAAAUGUUAAAAUUAGUUAUUCCAAUGAUGAUGAAAGGAAUAAUAUUGAAAACUUUAAGAUGAAAAAUGAAUGUAAUUCAAAUGAAUAUUUAAAUAGUGAAAUAACUGAAAGUAACAAAAAUAUUAAUAAUAUAAAUGACGAUAACAAUAAUUAUAAAAAUGUUAAUAGAAAUGAUGGAGAAAAUAUAGAAAAAAAAGUUAAUACAUUAACUAACUGCUUUACAACUAAUUUAGAAGAAGCAAAAAUUGUGCAAGAAUAUAUAUAUGAAUUGUCAAUUAACGAAAGUAUAAAAUUAAAUAAUAGCAACAUCAUAAUAAAGAUAAGAGAAAUCGGUCUUAAUUAUUAUGGUGAUUCUUUAGAUGAUAAAACAUCACACAAUGAUAUAACUGGAAUUAAUAUAUGGGAAAGCUGCUUGAUAAUGAGCAAGUGGAUAUGUGACUUAUGCUUAGGAAAUAUGUUUUCUAAUAAAAAUGUUUUAGAAAUAGGUGCAGGUAGUGGAUUGGCUAGUAUAUCUUUAUUUAUCUAUUCUAGUGUAAUAAAUAAGAAUAACAAUCUUAAUCGUUUAGUAAUUAGUGAUAUUAAUUUAUUUACUUUAAAUAAUAUUUCUUAUAAUAUAAAUUUAAAUCAAGAGCUAUUAGAUUCUGUUGAUUUAGAAUGGAAAGAUAAAAUUACUAUUUGUAAUAUUGAUUUGAAAAAUGAAAGCACUUAUUUAAGAGAAAAUAAUGAAAUUAUUGCAUAUGAUUGUAUUAUAGCAAGUGAUUUAAUUUAUGAUAUAAAUUUAGUAACGUCACUGAUAUAUAUGCUUAAUGUAACUCUAAAAAAAAAUGGGAAUUUUUUUUAUGUUUGUAAAAAAAACAGAGAUGGAAUUCAUUUCUUUUUAGAAGAAUUAAAAAAUAAUAAUUUUAAAUUACAAUUUUAUUCUAUUCCAAAUCAUUAUUUUAAUAAUCCUUUUAUUAAUUUAGACCAAAAUUUAUUUGAAACCAAGUUUUCAGAACUCGAUCAAACUUUUAUUAUGAUUAAAUGUGAAAAAAUGUAA